AUGACGACACUCAGCGCUACUAGCUCCACUCCCAUGUGGGCAUACGCCAUCCUCGUCGUCGCAGUUGUGUGCAUGUCGUCAGGUGGUGUGUGGUUUGCUCUGUUGACGGAAACCCCGCCGUUGAUGCAAGCGUGUUGGCGGCUCCUGCUCACGGUCGCGCUGCAAGCCAUGGGGUUUGCCCACGAGUGGCUAACGAACCCGAUUCUACAGGAUCCAGCGUUCUGGGCUCGACUCCGUCGCAAUGGCGGGCUAGUGGUCACGAUUGGCCUGGCGCUGGGCGUUCACUUUGGGGCGUGGGGGUGGAGUGUCGCGCAUACGUCGCUGCUAGACUCACUCUUGUUGGUUUGCUCGACGCCGUUGUUGUUGGUCGUGAUUUUGUCGUUGCGGUGGCUCUAUCGUCGUGUGGUCGGUGGCACUCCAGUCGUACCUCGUCCCCCCCACGCUGUUUGUGAAUCCCAGUCUUCGUUGUUAACGACAAGUGCAACCUCCCACGACGUCGACCCGUCGUGGUUUCGUACAGUCAUUUGCCCGUUUCCGGCCUUAGCUCCUACUGCGUUGGAAGUUGUAGGGGCGGUCGUGGGAUUUUCAGGUGUCGUGCUCCUCUUGACGACCGCUAGCUCGGACCAACAUGAUGUCCAUCCAGUCACACUGGCAGGAAAUGCCGCCGCCUUGCUAGGGGCGCUGGCCAUCCUUGUCUAUCUUGAAGGGGGGUCCAGCUGUCGCAAGUGGAUGCCGUUGUUUGCGUACGCCCUGCCCGUGACCGCCAUAGCCGCUUUUGAGCUGGCUAUUGCGUCCUUGGUGCUCGAGCCCUCCACGACCCUUCUUGGGGUUGGCCCCACCGCGUUAUUUGGGUUUUUGGGCGAUGGCCGGCGGUUCGGAGUUGCGUUUGGCGCGGCCGCGGUCUCAGGCAUGCUGGGCCACACAUGUGCCAACUUGGCUGUGAAAUAUGUGAGCCCGUUGCUCAUUUCCGUCGCAGUGUUGUGGGAACCCCUGCUCGGGGGGUGUAUCGGCUACCUCGUGGGCGUCCAAGCGCCGCCGGACGUGACGGCUGUGGUCGCCGCACCGCUUUUGCUCGGUGGGGCCUUCUUGGUCACGCUGGGCGCCCGACAAACUGGCCCCGACCAUGUCGUGCUGACCAAGCAGUGCGACACGGACGAUGAAGCUGAAGGCGAGCGCCGAGGCAUUCUCUAAGUGCUGCAAUCUGCAAAUUUGUAUCGAAGGAUAUGAAUUGACGAAAAGGCAAUAGACAUCAUAAAAUUCGUAUGCGUUAUAGGAUGGAUAAAUUAAAUAUUUACGACAGAAAUCUGCA